CCAGUGAUAUGACGUACAGUUAGGCACUUGCGAGUAGUAUCUAUGGUAGAAAUAUGAGAUCUAGAUCGUUUCUUUUGGUCAACGAAUUGUCAGAAACUAGGUGUACCGUUUAUUUCCGCCAGGGGGAUAUAUCAAGUAGUGAUGGGCCGUAAGACGUAAGAAGCGUCAUUUUUAUCGUUCCUGUUCUUUCGUCCGUCGUGACCUAUAGAUGUACAGUAUAGAUCACGGAUGACGGUAGAAGUAAAGGAAAGAGCAAAGAUAACGUAGGACGGUAAGGAAAUCUUUUUUCUUACCGUACGAAACGAAGGAGUUACGUUUAUUACGCGAAAUUCUUAACGUAAGUAAAUCAUCCUUAACGAAAUAACGUCAAAGUAUAUAUAAUACAUUUAUGUAAAAACUAUACAUAAAUACAGUAGACAGUAUAGACUAAAAAACCAUACUGUACAGUAUACAGUAUAGUAGAGCGAAACAAUAAUACAUGAACGUCCAGGAUCCAGGCACACACACAGAGAAACAAAAAAGUAAACUGUGGAAAUGUAUAAAUGUGUGAUCGGCAAACUCUUCAACUCUGCGAACCUUCGAAGUUUCUCGACGGAAAAGACCUCUCAAUAAGGCUCAGCAGCGUAAAAGCUGCAUGGAAAAUCCUAUUGCUAAUAAGACUAGAAGUUGCGACUCUGAGUUUUGAGUAUUCUCUCCGUCUAAGGUAGUUUCUGUUUUUUUUCCUUAGGUCACUGUAUGAAUCGAAACUGUCGAGCAUUUUUACAAAUGGUCAUCAUUCGAAAACAUUAUGGUUUAUUUGAUUUUGUCAGGGAUAAAGAUACCAAAUGUCCGAUGUGUUCGGGCCGAGUCGAUUGUGCCACGUGUGCAUUCACAGAUUGUGAAUGGAAAUUUGCUGGUGUUAAAUUGGGUACCGAUGGUGUCAGUAAGGAAGUGGUUCAGAAGGAAAAUUGGACCAAAGUUGAUAAAUCAUACAACCGAUUUAAUUUAGAAAAAGAAGUUGGCACAAAUGGUGCAAAAUUAGUUAACUAUAAGAAUUUAACGAUUAUGACACGUCGAAUACGUAGUAAUGAUACAUGUGAGUCUCAAGUGAAGGAGAUCGAUGCACCGAUGAAGUACGUCCAAGCAAAAACCGAUAUUUUCGUCCGCUUAGGUUCCAGUCCAAUCUGCCUGAAUUACAUCUAUACUAACGAUGAAAUGGUAACAUCAUGUGAACAUAAUUUUCAUCAGAAGUGUUUAGAAGCGUGGAUAAAAGCCGGUGGAACAUCGUGCGCUUUAUGUCGUGCUAAUCUGAAAGAUAGCGCCUUGGAUAAAGCUGCAAUAAAAUACAUUAUUCGUGAUGGUAGGAGUUUUAACGAUUUUAAAAAAUCUGGAAUGCAAACAUUUUUGAGAGAAGCUACACCAAAUUACUACGGACCAAGUAGUCGUACAGUCAAACGUCAUCUACAUGCUUUAUAUAUGGAUGAAAGAAAGAAAUUGAAAGGUGAAUUACGUUCAACUGAUAACAUGUCGUUGACAUGUGAUCUAUGGUCCAGUAGUCGACGUUCACCUUAUUGUUGUGUAACAGUACAUUUCAUGGUUAAAGAUUUUACAAUUAAAUCAGCAGUGCUCAGUUUUAGACGUUUUCUCGGGCAACAUUAUUCAAAACGAUUAAACUCACACUUAAAUCGUGUUAUUCAACAAUAUGAUUUACAAAAUAAAAUUAUAUCGAUAACAACCGAUAAUGGAAGUAAUAUGAAAUUAGCUGCAAAGGACGUGUACUUGUCCAAGCUACCACAAAACAAUAACAUUUGGGUUUCUUGUAGAAAUCAAAGCAAUGAAACAUCUGGUUGUGAAGAAGAUGAAACUAACACACAAGACCUCAAUUCAACUGAUGAAUCACAAAAUAGUUCGGAUAGCGAUGAAGGGAUGGAGGUUCUCUUACUCCCGGCAUUUCAAUUUGAAGUAACAGGCUGCCUGGAUGCAGGAAAUGGCCUUCACAUCAUUAAUGUAAGUGAAACACAACCCAAGUAUCCACUGCUGAAACUACCCUUUACAGUACCUCAAGCAUCAACAACAGCAGAACAAAUUCCGUCUUUGCGUCCUCCCCCACCUCCCCCACGAGCAGUAACUCAAGAAAUAACAACAAACUCGCAACAAAUACAAACUUCUUGUUCGGUGCCGCCGCUGCCUCCUCCUCCUCCGCCACGAGCAACAACUCCAGCAUCGACAGCAAUCAUGAAAAAGAAAGAACCUUAUUCUUUGAAUAAGCCACUACCCCCGCUGCCACAACUACCUCCACCCCUUCCACCAAAAAAGUAA